AUGCAGAAAUCCAUCUGUUGUAUGCUUUUUGCUGUCCUUGGGACCUCUUAUGCAUUUCUUUUAGGCGAUGGUCCAAUCCACGCUUCAUGCAAAGUUGACUGGACAUUUGGAACUUCUUGUGAUGACGUGAAAACAAAGAUCAAGAGUCAGAUAGCCGCCUGGACGUCUGCUGAUGGAUGUGCAAACGGAGGCGAAAAAUGUCUGUACACGUUUAAAUCUGAGGCUGGUAACACACUGAAGGCCACACAUGAGACCCCUGUCCAUCAUUACGUUGAUGAUCUGACUUUUACAUUUACUCCAGUUGAUGCCUCCUCAUGCAAAGUUCAUGGAUACUCUACCUCAGAGACCUGGUAUGCUCAUCUCGACUACAGUACCAACUACUGUAACCUCAACAAUCUCAUAACAGGAUCUGCCUUACAUCAGGUUUCAGGAUACACGGAAACUACCUCAGACAAAAUCUGUACACAAUAUUCAGAGGCAAACUGUGAUAAGUACUGAGU